UUUAAUUAAUGAUGAAUUAAUAUUAUCGGGCAUAUUUUUUCUUUUUUAAAAAAAUUAUCGGGCAAAUUAUUCCCAUUAUGAUUUACGAAUUACGAGCAGCAAAACCGUUGGGUGGCGCUUCGAAAACAGCCACAGCCUUUUGUCAAAUCAUUCAAUCUUCUUCUUCUUCUUCUUCUUCUUCGUCGUCUUUAGUACUACUUCAAUUUCAAAAAUUUGGAGCCAUUUUUUAACCCCAAAAAAAUCACCUAUACGUAUACAUACAUAUACAUACAUAUACUAUACACCAUCGACGGAGCAUUUCAUAGUGCAGCUACACAACUCUUCAAUUUCAAGAUCUUCUCAGUCUCUUUCUCUCAUUUCUCAGAUCAAUAUGCGGGGUGCUGAAAAGGAAGCCACACUUAAAGAAUCUGGCAGAUCUUUAUUGUCAAAGACAAAUAAUGGUUCUAUGCUAAUUGCAUCACUAAAGAUAAAAAAAGAUGGUGCAUCAUCUCCUUGCAAAAAACAUAGACAACAAUCUAAAUCUAAAAUAAAAUCAAUUGGUGCAAAUUUGGUGAAGAGGACACACAUUGACGCUUUGAGCAAGGGGGUUAGGAGUGAUUCUACAAGUAAAAAAAGGAUUAGUAAAAAAAUCUUGAAAAAAGCUCGUGACAAGAAGUCCCCAAAGAAGAUGGCUUCUUCAGAGUCACGAGGGAAACAUUCAACAGCUAUUGCUUCUAAGAAUGGGAAAAAACCCAACCGAGAUGUCACCAUUAAAAAGCUUAAGAAAACGAAGAGUAAGAGGAGACAAAAGGGAAAGGUGGAGCAAGAUGAACCAUCACGCUUGCAGAGGAGAGCAAGGUACCUGCUGAUUAAAAUGAAGCUGGAACAGAAUCUUAUAGAUGCUUAUUCUGGUGAAGGCUGGAAGGGUCAGAGUCGAGAGAAGAUCAGGCCAGAAAAGGAACUUGUAAGAGCAAAGAAGCAGAUUUUGAAGUGUAAGCUUGGAAUUCGCGACAUAAUUCACCAGCUUGAUUCGCUUAGUACAGUAGGGUGUAUUGAAGACUCAGUUAUUGCACCAGAUGGAUCUGUUUCCCAUGAACAUAUAUUCUGUGCAAAGUGCAAAUCCAAUGAAGUUUUCCCAGAUAACGAUAUUGUACUUUGUGAUGGGACAUGUAACUGUGCCUUCCACCAAAGAUGCCUUGAUCCUCCGCUGGACACUGAAAACAUACCACCAGGAGAUCAGGGAUGGUAUUGCAAAUUUUGUGAAUGUAGGAUGGAAAUUAUUGAAAGCAUGAAUGCACAUCUAGGGACCCAAUUCCCAGUGAAUAGCUGUUGGCAGGAUAUUUUCAAAGAAGCAACUUUUCCUGAUGGUGGAAGUACAUUGCUAAAUCCGGAAGAAGAAUGGCCUUCGGAUGAUUCUGAAGAUGAUGACUAUGACCCUGAAAGAAGGGAGAACAGCAUCAGUGGAGCGGGCACUGAUAAUGAUGCCUGUGAUGAUUCUAGCAGUGCAACCAGCUUGGGUUGGUCUUCAGAUGGUGAAGUUUUUUCAGGAUCCAGGAAGUGGGAGAUAGAUAACACAGAUUUUAGAAAUCAAUCUAUUUAUAGCAGUUUAGAUUCUGAUGAAACCAGUGACGGGGAAAUUAUGUCUGGCCGUAGACAGCGAAGAGCAGUUGACUAUAAGAAGUUAUAUGAUGAGAUGUUUGGAAAGGAUGCUCCAGCAUAUGAACAAUUUAGUGAAGAUGAAGACUGGGGUCCUGGCAAAAGAAAGCGGAGAGAAAAGGAAUCGGAUGCAGCCAGCACACUUAUGACACUGUAUGAAAGUGAGAAAAAAAGUAAAAAAGUCAAAACCAAUGAAGUGACAGGGAAACUUGCCCGAGACGCACAAGUUAGAAGGCCAUGUUUCAGAAUCCCGACCUCUGCAGUUGAGAAACUUCGCCAGGUUUUUCAAGAGAAUGAACUUCCCUCUAAAACUGUCAAGGAAAACCUUUCAAAAGAAUUGGGUCUUGAUCCUGGGAAGGUCAGCAAAUGGUUUAAGAAUGCACGAUAUUUGGCUCUAAAAACCAGGAAGGGAGAGAGGUUCAAAGAACAUUCUAAUCCUAAAAUACCCCGGGAACCCAGAUUGGAUGGUAUGGAGGACGAAUCUGCUGGUCUUGAGGAUUUAAAGAAUAUCUCAACGGAAACCCUGAUAUGCACCUCGAAGAAUUUAAAACAUGUCCUCCACGGGAAGGAAACAAAGCUGAUAAGCAGCAGUCUGAAGAAAAAUGAACUGACAAGAGCUUCCAUUGGAUCACUUUCUAGAAGCAAUGAGAUUGGUGUCGAGUACAGCGAUGAUGUAAGCUUGAAGAAGCUUUUAAAAUCAAAAACAAAGAGAGGGAAGAAGAGGGUACACUCUGUUUGGAGGUCGGAAUCUGAAGAGGCAGAGGCUGAAAUGGAGAGACUCUGUAGAGCUAAAGUUAGGCUAUUGAAUAUGAAGCAGACAUUGCUGACAUUGCAAAAUGAUAAACCAAAGAAAUCAAAUAGAAACAAAUCACAUCAGGAUUCUGUUAUUUUUGUGCCCAUUGCAGAGCUAAGAGAAAAAAGUUGAUUUCUUCAUAUUUGUUUUUGCUUACAUGUAAAUAUUCUAAUAUCUGUUGUAAUCGGUUACUGAUUGCCAAUAUGGCAGUGUUUGUUUUUUAUUACUGGUUUCCUUUUGUUCUUUCCCCCUAAAAAAA